AUGACUUACUCAGCCCUCCUGAUCGGUGACCCCUCCCGGUCUCCCUCCCCAUGUUCCUCCCCCCUCCCACGUCCAUCCUCCUCUGUGGUAUCGGGGGAUAGCUUCGAAGCGGAGGCUACCGAUACAUUCGACACUGCGCCCCUGACGGGCACUCAGCAAGAUUCGCCGCUACGACCUUCAUCCAACGACUGCAUCCCACCAGAACAGGCCCUCAUGAUAAACGCUAUGAAAGCUGAGCUCGUGGAUGCGACUAUCGAAUUCGAUUUUGCUCGUCUAUAUAAAUUGAACGAGGAUGCCAUCGAGACGACCACCAAGUUUAUCCAAGAAGAUUGGAGGUUGCGAUGGCGUGGUCUGUUCACAAAAGAGGAACGAGAGUGCUAUAAACCUCUGGUGAAACUCCUCAACACGGUUCUGGACAAAUAUCACACCCAUACCAAAACCAGACAGGUUUUCUUCUUCUCGGUGUACGAUCGAUCUAUGCAAGAGGCUGGGCCAUCCAAGGUGGCCCUCAAACCCGACAUCCUCGGGUCCGAUGACAAGAUCGAAGCGGACAAUGUUGCAUGGGUCGUUGUGCAUUCUUUCGGAGAGGUUAAGGCAAAUGACAAAGAGGCCGUUACACAAGCUGCAACAUACGCACGUUGUGAUCUCCAUGCGCACCCGGGGAAGCGGUGUUCCCUUGGCUUUGUGUACAACUACAACACUUGCAACCUGCGAUUUCUCCUCUUUCACAGGGGUGGUUUAGUAACUUCUCCCCAAUACUCCUUCAAACCCCGAACUCUGGGCCAGUUAAGAAACAUUGUCCGCAACGUGGUAGCGAUCGCUCAUGGACCGCCACCAGCAUAUGCUGCCGGUCUCGACUUGACGAAAGAACUGUUGAACCGCUCUGGGAGAACGUAUCGUUUUGUCAAUGUUCUCUCCCACAGUGCGGUUGUGCGCGGACGGGCCACAUAUGUAGCUGAGUUUGAACAAGUUGUAUCGCCUGCCGAUACAGAGCAGCAAUACUCCUCCGGAGAUGUCGACCUGGUUGACAAAGUGGAGAACAUCACCCUCGUAGAGCGGAAAGCUGUGGCGGUGUGUAUGGCAAACACUGUUGCCGAUGGGACGGAUGAACGGGCGGUGGAGGAAACUCAAACAUUUACGGCAACGUCGGAGUAUCAAGUGCGAUGGCAAGAGGGUGGGGUCAGACGCGAUAUUGUAACGAUCCUGCAGAACAAGAGGAUGCCGACAUCGACGAUGGCGAAGGCCGGCCAAGAAGAAGCAAAGGGGAGGGAAGAGGGAACCGCAGGACGGCCAGAACAGAGUAGGCUGAGCACCACAUCCGACCUCCGAACCCCAAUCAAGGACCGCACAAGAGAGGCGAAAGCAAGAUUGGCACGGACCAAACCUGCGAGCGCAGUAGCCCAACCGGCUUCAUCAGUUCAGAGAGCGUCCCUUCUUGACCCUCAAAUCAAGGACCUCUCUCAGGCGAAUACUGGACCAAUAUCUACAAGAGCGAGGUCCGGACCAUUCAUUAUCAAGGUUUCAUAUCCGUUGAGGAAUCGCAAUUACCAAGCCGACAUGCUACAAAAGGUCUCGGGACAGUUUGGUGUUCCUCGACUCGUCGAUGGUUGGAUUUCCCAGCUCGACAGCGGCGCAGAUUUUACGACCGCUCCGUUUGAAACAGACUGGGGACCAUGGAUAAUAUUCUCAUCAGACUCGAAAGCAGCGAUCCGUCUUGAUGAUCGUGUCGAAUCCUUUAUCAUCAUGCAAACCAAGGGCGAAUCGCUCAGCUCCGCGAGAGGACCGAGGGAGUUGUUGAUCGGUAUUCUGCAUGCAAUGACUGGGCUCAGCGUGCUGGUCGAGAACGGAUACUAUCAUCGGGAUGUUAGCGUGGACCUUAUCGUGGAUUGGUUGGAGAAGGACCCUGCUUCGGGGACGCUGCCGUUUAUGUCGCUGAGGGUCAACCAGUACAUCUUUACGAUGCUAAACUAUCGCACUACACCUGUGGAUGACCUCGAGUCCUUCAUGCAUGUUCUUUAUUGGACCGUGCUCGACAUCGGCAAGCGCAAGGGCAUACUCUCGGUGCAAGAGAACCUCUUUUUUACAUGGUACAAUGCCCAUGACUUCGAACGCAAUCAACUCCGAGAAAAGGCGUACGAGAACCUUGGCAGGAUGAACCUCACGAUCGUCGAGAUUUUCAAGGAAUUGUUCAUCGGCUGGCGGGCCGUCUCUUUGGAAGCGUCGAACAAGGUGGACGAAUCUCAGUGGGAGUGGGGUUCCAUUCCCGACCUUUUUCGAGAAAGUAUGCUGAAAUACCUCGCGGCGGGGUACGAGCAUCUCGCAAUGCUGCCAGAAGGAACUUGGGACACAAUUCUUGGAAUCGUUCCAGCUCCCUAG